UCCAUCUCCAUUCACUGGAUAAGCUCACCCUCUCUCUCUCUCUACCCCUCCCGCCAUGGCCGAAGCUUGCUCGAGAAUCCUCCAAACCACGCUGAUCCCGCCCUUCUCGCCGACGCAGAAGCCCUACAGCUCCUACGGCCAGCGCGCCUUCUUCCCCAGGCACGCGCCGGUCCACUGCUCGGUCUCCACUGGCAGCAGAACCGCUGCCGAGGGCCAGAAGAUACCAUGGGGCUGCGAUGUCGAUUCUCUUGAGAAUGCUUCCGCGCUCCAGCAGUGGCUGUCUGACUCCGGCCUCCCUCCCCAGAAGAUGGCCAUUCAGAGGGUGAAGGUCGGGGAGAGAGGGCUCGUUGCUCUGAAGAACAUAAGGAAGGGCGAGAAGCUGCUGUUUGUGCCUCCUUCGCUCUUCAUCACUGCCGACUCGGAGUGGAGCUGCACUGAGGCUGGGAAGAUUUUGAGACAGAACGGAGUCCCAGAUUGGCCAUUGCUUGCUACUUAUUUGAUCAGUGAAGCAAGUCUCAUGAAAUCAUCUCGGUGGAGCAAUUACAUUGCAGCCUUACCCCGGCAGCCUUAUUCACUUUUAUACUGGACACGUGCGGAACUGGAUAGAUACUUGGAAGCGUCGCAAAUCAGAGAACGAGCGCUUGAACGGAUCACUAAUGUUGUUGGAACAUACAAUGAUUUAAGGCUCAGAAUAUUUUCCAAACAUCCGUACUUAUUUCCUGAAGAGGUCUUUAAUUUGGAGACCUUCACAUGGUCCUUUGGAAUUAUUUUCUCCCGUUUGGUUCGCCUACCCUCGAUGGAUAACAGGGUUGCCUUGGUUCCUUGGGCAGAUAUGUUGAAUCAUAGUUGUGAUGUAGAAACAUUCUUGGACUAUGAUAAAUCAUCUCAGGGCGUUGUCUUUACAACUGACCGGCAGUAUCAGCUUGGUGAGCAGGUUUUCAUAUCAUAUGGUAGGAAAUCCAAUGGAGAGCUGUUGCUGUCCUAUGGGUUUGUGCCUAGAGAGGGUACGAAUCCCAGCGAUUCGGUGGAGUUGUCAUUAUCAAUUAAGAAAUCAGACAAGUGCCACAAGGAAAAAGUAGAAGCUCUGAAGAAGCAUGGACUAUCUUCAUCUCAGUGUUUUCCUAUAAGAAUUACUGGAUGGCCUGUGGAAUUGAUGGCAUAUGCUUAUUUAGCCGUGAGCCCUCCGAGUAUGAGCAGACAGUUUGAAGAGAUGGCGGCUGCAGCAUCAAAUAAAUCAAAUGCAAAGAAGGAAAUUCGGUACCCGGAAAUUGAAGAAAAGGCCCUGCAGUUUUUACUUGAUACCUGCGAAUCUAGCAUAUCCAAGUACACCAAAUUCUUGCAAGGAAGUGAGUCGAUGGACUUGGAUGUGACUUCUCCAAAGCAACUCAACCGGAGAGUGUUCCUGAAACAGCUAGCUGUAGACUUGUGUACUAGCGAGAGGAGGAUUCUUUUCCGUUCUCAAUAUAUAUUGAGGAGAAGACUGAGGGAUAUAAGGAGUGGCGAGUUGAGAGCAUUGAGGAUAUUUGAUGGUGUCAGGAAGUUGUUUAAGUGAGGCAUUUUCCAAGCAGCUCUUCCAUGGACACGGCCUGUUAUGAGGUGGAAACUUGUAAUAUUUGAUGAAAGGUUUCCUCGAAUUCGGAUGUAAAUACAUGCUGUCAUUUGAAUACAGAACGGAUCGAUGGGAAAUUUUUCUGACGGCUGCUUCAGACCUUGAGGUGGAAAUUGUAUCUGUAUCAUCAGAGAUUUGGACCUCAUUACAUACAAUCGGCUUUCGCGUUUGUUUGAAA